GGAAAGAGCUUUGCGUCACUUCCUACAGUUGACUUUCGACCAUCAGCUGGAUAGCUCCCAUAGGCGAAAAUGGGUUUAAUCACCGGGGUCUGCGCUUUCCUUUACCACCUGCCCCAGAUUUACAAAUGGCUCCUGAAACCGUAUUACAUCACGUCCUUUUUCAUGACCAUCGCUUUCUUGGUAGUCAGAAAGGCUCCCGGUUUGUGCGAGCACCUGGCGACGCAGCGUGAGGACGGCAACUCGUGCGACUUCGAUUGGAGAGAAGUGGAGAUUCUCAUGUUUCUCAGUGCGAUCGUGAUGAUGAAAAACAGAAGAGCAAUCACCUUGGAGCAGCACAUCGGAAACUUGUUCCUGUUCAGCAAAGUGGCCAACGUCAUCCUCUUUUUCCGACUGGACAUUCGUCUGGGCAUCCUCUACCUCGCACUAUGUGUCGCUUUUGUCAUGACAUGCAAGCCUCCUUUAUACAUGGGCCCUGAAUACAUCAAGUAUUUCAGUGACAAGACCAUUGAUGAGGAGCUGCAGAAAGAUAGUCGUGUAACCUGGAUAGUUGAAUUCUACGCCAACUGGUCAUCUGACUGCCAGUCUUUCGCUCCGGUGUAUGCUGACCUGUCGCUCAAGUAUAACUGUGCUGGGCUGAGGUUUGGGAAGGUGGACAUUGGUCGUUAUGGAGAGGUUUCACAGAGGUACAAAGUGAGCACAUCACCUCUGUCCAAGCAGCUUCCCUCACUGGUGUUAUUCCAAGGUGGGCAGGAGGUUAUGAGGCGUCCAUCAGUGGACAGUAAAGGCCGAGCUAUUUCAUGGACUUUCAAUGAGGAGAACAUUAUCAGAGAGUUUGAUCUUAACGAGCGCUUCCAGAAGUCCAAGAAGCUGAACAAGAGUCGCGGUUUGAAGGAAGAGGAGCAGCAGAACUCCCGGCAAGACGAGACCGAGCCUGAUGUGAACACUCAGGAGCAAAGUUCGGAGAGCAAGAAAGACAAGUGAAGAUGGAAAAUGUGGUUCCACGGAUCUACUAUAUUUUGUUCUUCUAAUGUGGACCUGCCUUCCAGUAUUUUUCCAACAGCAAAAAUCCCUAAUAAUGUAGAAUGUAGACUGCUUUAAGAUUUUCCCCAGUGGAAAUAGUUGGUCAGGUCACUGGUCUGUGUUGGAGUGAAGUUUGCUGCCUAAUUGUGAACAUGCAAAAUAUUAGGCGAUAAGCAAGGGAAGUUUUAUCAACGUAUUUAAAUAACUUUGUGUUUUGUAUGUAACAUUUGUUGAUUGUAUAACAUCUCGUUACUGUGUUCAUUUGGGAAACCUGUUUACUAAUGUCCCAUUGUUCAAAAGCAAAUUAAAAAUGCAUU